AAGAACAUCUGGUCUAUCGUUCUCGUCAUUGCGCGAACUGAAUUCCAGGAAGGUGACAAUGACCGCGACCGGUUGCAGCAGAUUUGUUUUAACUUCGAUUGGUCCUCGGUGUUCCCAAGCCAACAAGCGAACGCAUACUUUCUCUCGGGGAAUGUACAGUCGUUCGUGCUUGUGCGUUAGUACUUGUGCGUGGAACCGCGUUCCGUGAAGGCCGAUUCGGUUUUCUAGUCGCAUUUCCGUCACGAGAGACAACGCGUUAGAGAAACAUAGUAUUCUCGGCGAAUCCAUCAUAAUAUCAGAACGCAAGAUCAUUGCCGUUAUUCGCGAUCGCCAACCGUUAUUCGUGACACCAUAUCGGACUCAUUUACGGAUCAUUGACUUUGCUCGGAUUCGCCUGAUUAUGACCAUUGGAUCGGAGCUAUCAAUUGUACAUAAUUCGCUUCGAUCAUCUGUUCGUUCCGUCAGUUUCUCGCCGUGUGUGAUCUCUCGAUUUCUUAGUUACCUCUCGAUAAAAGUCAGUGACAUGUUCUUAAAUAUUUAGGAGAAAAAUGAAGCGAUGGCGAGUGAAAACGAAAAGAACGGAGAUUGCUCUCGUGACGCUUCUAGGAUGUUUACUAUUUUCUUACGCUUAUGCGCAAGAAGAUAAUGGAGAGUAUAAGGGAAAAUAUUUGGGGAAGUUAAAUCCCUAUCAUCAUCAAGUUUCUGGUGAUGUUUGGGCUGUGGAUCAGUAUACUUUACUGUUAACGUCCUUUAAUUAUGAUGGUAAUGGAGCUGACACGUUUUUCUGGGCAGGAGCAUCAAAUAGACCAGGCCCGCAAGGAUUUAUCGUCCCCGAUGAGUGGGGCAAGACAAAUAUAUUAGAUCGGUAUUUCAACCGGGAUUUUACACUCACCUUACCCGAUAAUAAAAAAAUAACAGACAUCAAAUGGUUUGCAGUGUACGAUUUACAAAGUCAAAACACCUUCGGUGAUGUAUAUAUUCCGGAGGAGUUUGAUCCACCCGCUCCACAAAAGAUAUCACAAUUGUCGAAAAGAUCUCACAAUGUCUCGUCAGAACCCAUCGUGAUUUUAGACUCAAAAACUAUCAGCAUACCACAAUUCAUCUACGAUGGGCAAGGUGCGGACACAUAUUUCUGGGUCGGUCUUGGUCCGCAACCAUCCAGCAAGGGUCAGAAAGUACCCGAUGAAUAUGGAUACAUGAAUUCUCUUAGAACAUACAAUAACGAAGACAUCAUACUAGAACUGCCAGGCGAUAUGACGGUUUUCAACAUAGAUUGGCUAAGUGUUUUCGAUGUAAAAACUAAAUCGAAUUACGGUUCCGUUAUUAUACCCGAUGGACUCAACGUACCGCCGUCGUUGAUAAAAAUUAUCAAGCAAACGCAGUCUCUUCCGAAUUGCGUUCAGCUGCACAAGAGAUAUCAAGUUGCCUGGGAAAUCUUUGGCCCGCAGAUUACCAUCCAACUGAUAGGUCAAGUCGCCGAAGAUGAGUAUAUGGCUUUUGGAUUGUCCGGUUCGGAGACCUCCAGUCAAAUGGAAGGUUCGGACGUAACCAUCGCGUAUAUGGAUGAUACCCGUGGAUACGCUACGGACUAUAAUGUCACAGCAAAGGCGCCAUGUGGGAAAGUUCUCGGCCAAUACAAAGGCGUUUGCAGAGACGAUCUCGUCGGCGGUUUGGAUAGCAAUCAGCUCUUCACCGCGAUGAGAGAGAACGGCAUCAACAUUAUUACAUAUAGACGUACACUUAUUUCAUCUGAUCCCGGAGACAAACAGAUCCCCAUGGAUAAACCGGCAUAUAUAGUCUGGGCUUUGGGUAGACUUGAUAAAACCAAUAACGAACCGAGCUUUCACGAUUUGUAUCCGAGAGGCGACGUAGUACUCGAACUAAAUCGUAAAGAAGCGGAGAAUACUUGUAUCGACUUCACGGAGACCAGCAGCAAACUUUCUCAAAUAGAACCUUGGCAAAAAACAGAAAUAAUCGACAGAAGCGUUCGAACUUUCAAAGCAACUAUUGGACCCUCCGGAGGAAAAAGGGGAUAUCAGGGAAUUACGGGGAAGCCGUCAGUGGGUCUUGCCUGGUACAUCGAAGGCGCGUUGAUACCUGAGUUGUAUCUACGUCGCGGAUUAACAUACAGUUUUCGUGUUUACGGCGGGAACAAUCCGCACAGCGCAAAUCUGUACCAUCCUUUAAUAAUAACCGAUGAUCCUCACGGAGGAUACGACACGCUUAGUGAUCUUGCGCAAAGCAAGAUCAGGGUUUUAGCUGGAGUUGAAUUGACUAGAAGGGGCCGACCGCGACCGACCGCGGUCGGGCCGCUUUGUUUAAGUAAGCAUAAAGGUCGAGAUAGAAGACUGGACGAUACUUUUCCGUCGUUUAAAAAAUUUAAUAGGACUCUCAUGCAAAUCUGCGAACCAGGAGACGGAGGCACUUUAAUAGUGAGUCCAAACUCGUCAUGGCCUGAUCUGAUUUAUUAUAACUCGUUCACUCAUCCAAACAUGGGAUGGAAGAUUCACGUAAUCGAUUCUUACACAAGGAGUAAUGCGAUUGCAUAUAAAUUAUCAUUAUCAUUCAUUACAAUUAUGACUGUGUUUUCUUAUCUAUUAUAAAGUUAGGUAUAAUUAUAAUAUAUAAAAAAAUAUUGCAUCAAAUAUUUUUUUCAACUUACAGAAAGAUACAUUGAGUUCAGGAUUUACAAAUUGAUUUACGCUAAACUAACAUGUGCAUCGCAAUGUUACAACAUAAAAAUGAUAAAUUAUCGUGUAUUAUUUUUCUUGAAUUAUAUUAAGCAACUAAUAAUUUCUACACAGUAAGUUGCAUUUGUUACAAUUUUAUGUAUAUGUUGUGCCUCUGAUGAGAUACGGGAAAUUCGAGAUCAUUCGCCGGACAAGAAUUCGGACUUUAUCCAAAUAAAUUCACCGAUAUUUAACAAUAGAAAUAGCUGACUUGUAGCUUUUAUUGGAAAUAUAUAUAUUUGUUUAUUGGUAUUUUCUCGUACAAAUCUUAUUCGCUCCUCGCUCUUGAGUCAGCUCUACACUUAUCGCGGUUUCAAGUAACUUUGCAUGCACGUGUCUGGUAUUUCGUAGAUCGUUUGACACGAGAGUCUAUUACAACCUGUCGUAAUUUUGUGAUACGCUAUUUAAUUUACUAAUUACGAUAGUUCGUUAACGGUGGAACGUUAAUGGUUUUAUAAUCUUCGAUUGGUCUUUCGGAGGAAAUCGCUUUAUAUGAUCAUAUAUCACCAUGUAUAAUCAUGUCACUCAGUUUAUGACAAUGCGAUCCAAGUGCAAGCGAAGAAGAUUCAAAGUUGAACUUCUUUGCUUACAUUUCCGGAAAUUAUUUUUGCUCAAACUUUCGCAAUUGCUUAGCCUCCGCGCGUGACUCGCUGCAUCAGCGCUUUACGCGAUUAACAUUCAAGUAGCAUUAUCCGCCUUCCUCGAUUUAGACUUACAAAUUGGAAGGCGCAUAUCUAAUCAAAAAUAAUAAUAAUAUGAAAUUAUAAUAAUAUACAGAUGAGUCAUAAGUGUGUUUUAAAUUUUUGUGAGUGUGUUUCGGGAUAAAUGUACCUAUGAACAUUAGGCUUAAAAUGCUUCGUUAUCGAAAUAAUGGAUAUAAGUAUUAAAUAAUGACACUUAAAACAACUAAAGUUAUUAUCCUUAUCGAAAAGUAUCAUGAAAUAAAAGCUGUCAGCAUGAAAUUAAGAAAAGAAAAUAAAUUAAAAUAUUUCUGAGGUAAAAUUAGAGAAUUGUAAAUGUAUUUUAAAUUUCAUGCAUUUUAAAUUUUUUGAUAAAAAAAUUUUUUUUUAUGAAUUCAAAACGAAGUAAAAAUGAGCAAAUCUCUAAAGGACUUUUUGCCUUAAUUUAUUGACCCCCUAUUGCUCCCAAAGUUUUGACAUUUAAAUUGUGGAUACCCUGUAUAAUUGAAGUAAAAUAUAUAAUAAUAUAUAAUAUGAGAUAAUAGAUAAUUUAUGUAUAGUCUUUUUAAGCUAUAACACAUAAUUUAAUAAUAAAAUAAUAAAAUCACUUUUAUCCUAUUAUACUACAAAAGAAAUGUUAGACUCUUUCUUCUAAAAAAACAAGCGGAUAAAAUAUACAUUAUAUCCAUUCUUAAAAAAAGACAUGUUAAAUUGAUACUCGCAUUUAAUUAAUUUUGAACAGUUAAUUAGAAUUAUACAUAUUAUUAUUAUAUUACAUAUAAUUAAUUUUGUAAAUAUGUGCGUGUAUGUGAAAAAUUAAUUAACGCUAUUCGAUGAUUCGAAUUGAGAAUUUGCAAUAAAAGAGUUAAAACGCAAAUCCGAAUAAUUAACGAUAAGUUUCGUGAUAUAUUAUAUAAUCGUUAAUUUAAUAAUUUAUUUAUAAUUUAAAAUUCCUAAUCAACAGUCAUGGUGCAUAAAUAUCUAGAUGUACGAGUACGUUUUAAAUAUUUUCAAUUUUAUGUAAGAAAACAUGCAGGAGAAAAAAUG